AGAAACUAUCAUAUCAGAAUAUAUGCUGAAGAUGAUGACUUUACAUCUACUUUGAAACGUCCAUAUAUGGAAACAGUGGAAGAAUUGAUCAAGUAUUUGAAAGGAAGAUAUUCAUUGACAGGUGAUUAUAAAAUGAGUUUGAGAGUUGGUAAAGUUACCAAGAAGUUGGAAUGGAAUCAAAAGCCAAUCAAGAUUCAAACUAAUUUGUUGUUGUUGUCUGGGUUUUUAGAAACUGAUAGAUUAGAUGAGGUUGGUAGAGACGAUUUGAGUUAUUUGUUCAAGUUCAUUUUGCACCAUGAUGUUUUGAAACAGUUAAGCCCAUCAGAAGAGGAAUAUAUCAGUAGGGAUUUGGUUCAUGUUAACCUUAAGAGUAAAGAUUUGCAAAAAAUUCCUGCUUUAUGCUAUUCAUCAAAAGUUCAAAGUUUGGAUGUUUCAAAUAAUGGUGAUAUAACAUUACCUUCAGAUUUCUUUCAAACUACAAAUAGUCAAUUGAGUAGUUUAAGAAUGGUGAAUAUCAGAGCAAAACUUUUUCCUCAAAAUGUGGUUUUUGCUAGAGAGCUGGUCUCUUUGGAUUUGGAAAGAAACUUCAUUAUGAAUGUGCCACAAGAAUUGUCACGUUUGAAAAAUUUGUCAAUUUUGACCUUAAGAUGUAAUAAGAUUAAUUCAUUGCCUGAAUUGCCACCAAAUUUAAAAAUUUUGGAUAUAAGUUCUAAUGAAUUUGAAGAUUAUCCAGAAAGUGUUAACAAAUUAUCUAAUUUACUUCAAUUGGAUUUAUCAUACAACAAAUUGAAAAACUUGCCAGAAUCAAUCAACAAUUUGAAAUCAGUCAAAAAGAUCAAUAUAUCAAGUAAUUAUUUAACAUAUGUUGAUAUCAAUUUACAAAACUUGAGAACCUUAAACUUGAGAUACAAUGACAUCACUGAAAUACAUUUGCAUGAUAGUAACAUUGAAAAUUUAUAUUUGACCAAUAACAACAUCUCAAAUAUUGCUGAUCCAUUAACACAGAUGAAAGCUGUUGAUUUACAACAAAAUCCUGUGACACAGUUAAACAUGUUGAGUCAUAAUUUAGCAUCAUUAACAUUAUCAAAGGCUAAAUUGACCUCUUUACCAACAGUCAUUUUGUCAUUCUCAAAGCUUGAAAAGUUGGAAUUGAGUAAAAAUGCAUUACGUGAACUACCAGUUGCUAUCAAUACAUUAACAAAUUUGAAAGAUUUAUCAAUAUUCAGUAAUAAUUUGGAAAUAUUACCAGAUUUAUCACCAUUAACAAAAUUGAAAAAUUUAGAUGUUCAUGAUAAUAAUUUGAAAUCUAUUUUUGAUUUUUCAUUUAUUGAAAGUGUCAAUCUUUCUUCAAAUUUGAUUUCAGAGUUCCCACAGCCAAUGCAUGAUAAGGUUGUUUAUUUAUCAGCUGCUGACAAUCAAUUGACUGAUGAUUGUUUCUAUGCCAUUAGGAAUUAUGAUAAUUUGAAAGUUUUAUCGUUGGCUUACAAUAGAUUGGUGGAUAUACCAACAGGUACCCUUGGUAAAACAACAUCCAUCGAUCAAUUAUACUUGUCAGGAAAUGCAUUAAGUACAUUACCUGAAGAUUUUGAAGAUAUUUCAACACUAAGGGUGUUGUGCUUGAACGGGAAUAGAUUCCGUACAUUACCUGCUGAUUUGAGUCAACUUUAUAACUUAGAAGUUAUUGAUGUUGGUUCAAAUGAACUAAAAUAUAAUACUUCAAAUAGCAGAUAUGAAUGGAACUGGAAAUCUAAUAUCAAUUUGAGAUAUUUGAAUCUUUCUGGUAACAAAAAAUUAGAAAUCACAGAGGAUUUAAAUCUACCAAGACUGAGAUUAUUAGGUUUGAUGGAUUUAACAUUAACAACGCAAUCUAUGCCAGAUGAAUCAAUUGAUAUCAGAGUUCGUACAACACCAAGUACUAUUGGAAAUAUGUCUUACGGUAUCUCUGAUAGGGUCAAUAAACACAUUUUAGCUAGAGAUUCAGUUUUUGAAAAAAUAGCUGGUGGUACUUUAAUUGGUUUAUUUGAUGGUAUUUAUUCAGGAAAGAUUUCACAUCUUAUCAGAGAAAAUUUCCAUAAAAUUUUUGAAAAAGAAUUAGGGAAAUCAGAUAUUGUCACUGCCCUAAGACAUACUUUUUUGGCUUUAAAUCAAGUCAUUAAUCAUUCUGAUUUGAACUCAGAAGAUGGUUUAACAGGUUCCAGUGCUACUGUUCUCUAUAUUAAGGAGAAAAAGAUUUACACUGCAAAUAUUGGUGAUUCCACAGCAAUGUUGGCAAAGACAGAUGGUAGUUUCACAUUUUUAACAGUUAAUCAUCAACCUUCAAGUGUUGUUGAAUUUGAAAGAAUUAGAACUAGUGGUGGUUUUGUUUCAAAUAACGAUAAAUUGGAUGGUGUUUCGAAAGUUUCGAGAGCUGCUGGGUUUUCAGAUCUUUUACCACAUAUACACUCAGGUCCAGAUAUAAGUGAAGUCAAUUUCCAUGAUGAGGUUUUAGUGUUGGGAACAAAAGAAUUGUUCGACUAUUUACCAACUAAAACAAUUGGUGAUAUUGUUAGAGAAAGUGACAAUCCAAUGGUUACAGCUGAAAAAUUGAGAGAUUACGCUAUUUCAUAUGGUUGUACCUCAAAGUGCACAGCAAUUGUCAUAAGUAUGACGAAGGCUAAGAAGAGAUUACAACCAGCUGUCAAGCAACAAGUUGAAGAUUCUAAUUUGAGAAGAUUAAAGCCUGAAAUCCAGCCCCCUGUUGGUGAAUUGGCUAUGGUUUUUACUGAUAUCAAAAACUCAACAUUAUUAUGGGAAAAUUAUCCAUUAGCUAUGAGAUCUGCAAUUAGAACCCAUAAUGAUAUUAUGAGACGUCAAUUACAUAUUGUUGGUGGUUAUGAGGUUAAGACAGAAGGUGAUGCUUUCAUGGUUUCUUUCCCAACUGUCCCUGCAGCUAUGAUUUGGUGUUUCAAUGUUCAACAACAAUUGUUACAAGAAGAGUGGCCAGCUGAAAUUACACAAAGUGAAGAAGGUCGUGAAUUGAAAGAUUCAAGUGGAAAAGUCAUUUACAAAGGUUUAUCUGUUCGUAUGGGUAUUCAUUGGGGUACACCUGUGUGUGAACCUGAUAUCAUCACAAGAAGAAUGGAUUAUUUUGGUCCUAUGGUUAACAAGACCGCAAGAGUUUGUGCUGUUGCAGAUGGUGGUGAAAUCACUUUGACAUUGGAUUGUUUGACUGAGAUCAAGAGAAUUGAAGCAGCACAUAGAUUAGUUAUUGCUGGUGCUACUCUUGAACAAGCAUUUGGUCCUUCUGAUAUGGCUGAAAAGUUGAAUAAUGAAAUGGCCAUUCUGUUGAAUAUUGGUUGGAGAGUUGAACCAAUGGGAAAAGUUCAAUUGAAAGGGUUGGAAACAGAGGAGGAAAUUUCAUUACUUUUCCCAAGCCAAUUAGAAUCAAGAUAUGGAUUCCAACGUAAACCAGAUUUGACAACUGAAGAUAUUUACAAAUUGAGAGAUAUUACUUUGAAACUGGAUUACAUUUUGUCAAAAGUUUCUGGUGUCCAGCUCGAA